UCUGCAAAAGACGCUUUCAUUACAUUCACGUUUCAGAAGCCGAAGAGGCCGGUCAUACAUAUUAGCGUUGAAACGUUUUAAAAGUCAAUUUUAUAAUUAUUCAUCCACACCGAACUAUGGCUACUGAUAAGUGCGAAGAGAGCUUGCUGUUGGCGACAUUGAAUGACGAUUGUAUCUUCACCAUAUUGGAAAGGCUGCCAUUAGAUGCCAUUUAUUCGUACAGCAGGACUUGUAAGCGCAUCCAAAGAUUGUGUAGAGAUGAUUUUCAACGAAGGUUUCGGAAUGAAAUCAAUAAGACAGUGCAAAUUGAGCAUUCUUCCAGGGGAACCAUUCAUUAUAAGGAGAAAUACGUUAUCUACUUCAACAAUUUGGUCAAAAAGCUGCGUAUCCAUGGUGGAGUUCAUAUCAAACCUGAACGAGUCGCAUGUUUUGUGAAAACGAAAUGCGAUCCAAGUUUAAACGAAAUCACCAUUGACAAUGACGGUAUUGUAUUGGAUUCAUUUUGUAAGGAAAUUUCAAGCUUCCUGCAGAGCGUGGAAACUGUUAAUCUAUUCCAAAGAGUCAUGCGAAAGGUGCAAACGUUUCUCAAGUAUUGUCCUAAUUUGACAACACUUUCUUUAUGUCUUUUGAAAGACGAAACGAUCGAUGAGAUUUUCGGACAGAAAUAUCCGAAGCUGACACAUUUGCAUUUCGAAUAUCUUUCAAGCAGUCUGAUAAACCCAAAAAAUUGGAAAACAUUUUUGCAACGAAAUAGUCAAAUACAAUGCAUAGAGUUAAGCGAACGGAGCACUGACAGCCAAAGCGCGGACGAUCGGAAGGAUGAAGUGUGUUGAAAUUGUUGCCGACGUUGCUUUAAACCUGAAACAUUUGUUUCUUUACAUUGAUCCAGUAUUUACAAGAAAUUUCGAACAAAUUCGCGGACACCUUCAAAAGUUAUGUGGACGUCGCAACUUCCAAUCGUUAGAACUGAAAUUCUGUGAUGACAGAGUCGCUAAGAACCUAUUGAUGGAACAUACAAACCAAUUGAAAAAUUUGAAGCAACUCACGAAAAUACAUAUCAGGAAGUUAUCGGUUCCGGUUGUGGAAUUAAACCGAACAUUUACUCCAUUUGUUCAUUUGAAAAGUGUUUCCAUUGAAGAAUU